AUGGAGAGCGGCGGGGAGGCGCUGCCCGCCGACCUGCGGGACCUGGCCACCAAGGUGGGGCGGCGGCCGCCCGCGGGGCUGCUGCGGGGGCUGCGGGCAGACACAGCCCCAGCGCCGCCGGCACCGCCCGCACCGCCCCGCGGCGCCCGCCUGCCGCUCGCCGAACGCCUCCGGGCGCUCCGCCUCGACAUGGCCUACCUGCGAGCGGUGGAUGUGAAGAUCCUGCAGCAGCUGGUGGUGGUGAAUGAGGGCAUCGAGGCGGUGAAGUGGCUGCUGGAGGAGCGGAGCACCCUGACCAGCCGCUGCAGCAGCCUGGCCAGCAGCCAGUACAGCCUGGUGGAGAGCCAGGCAGCCUCGCGGCGGGGCAGCUGGGACAGCCUGCAGGACCCCAACGACCCGCUGGACAGCAUCUCCGUUGGUAGCUACCUGGACACAUUGGCUGAUGAUAUGGAUGAGUAUUCCCAAAACGCAGCCGAAACCGCCGCUGCAUCCGCAUCGGGCAGAGCCCUGGUCAGGGCAGAGCAGGAUUGGGUCAGGAUUGACCCCGAGAGGGGUCUGGCAAAGCAAGAGAAGGGCAAAGCGGAGCACGAGUGGCCCCACGUGGACAUCUCCCCACCCCGGCUGCCCCAGGAUCACCGGUUUGCAAAGGAGCCCCAGGUGGCCAACGGGCAUUUGGGCCAGCAGCUCUCCUCUGUGGAACCAGGCAGAGACACCAAAGUGCCAUCAGGGGCUGGGGAGAGGCUGGGGAACGGGAACCUGGAUGGGAAGGCUCGGAAAGCCGAGGGUGACUUCGAGAACUGCAAACUCAAUAGCAAACUGCACUUGGAGUAUGAUGCCCACUGGCGCUGGCUCCAGUCUCAGGAUGAUGUGACGUUCUUGUAGCCCAUGGGUUCGCCCUUGCCACUCCAGUUCUCCCAACUGCUUGCUCUCCUUCACUUGUCUCUGCCUGGGAGAGCUGGGGUGGCUGGAGAAGGGAGGACAGGCUGGCUUGGUGGUGCUGCACUGUUCCUCUAACCCCCUGUCAGUGUUUGGUGAUACAGCCCUAAGGGAUGGGGUGCUGGCCCUGCAGCAGCUUUAUGGGAGAGGGGGGAUGAGGUGGGUCCCCAUAAGUGUAAUCCUUUGCCCUGGGGUGGUGCUUGCAGGUGGCUGGUCACUCCUCUGUUGUCCUUCAUGCUGGUGGCAGGGAAGGGUUGGUGAAAACCUGGUGGGGUGGGACCUCUCCCCUCUAAUCCUCAGCCUUCUAUCUGCAAAAACUGGGGACCCUUCCGGUAAACUGGCUGCCGAGAGAGGACAGGAGAUGCUCCCACACAUCCCUGGUGGCACCAGCAUGCCCAGUGUGAGGUGUGGGGCAAGGCCAGCAGCAGGUCAUCCCUGUUGGAUGUGCUCAUUUCCAUCAUUGUCUUCAAGGUCAGUGUCCAUCCAGGGUAGAGUUCACCUGGGGCACCUGGGGCUUGGCCUCAGCACGUGGGGGAUGCUAAAACCCUCUUUCCUGUGAGUGAAGCCCUGCCUGGUUUGAAUGCCUUCAUCCAUACCCUGUGGAGGAAGGGUGAUGGUGCAGACUUCCCUUCCCAACGUGAUUUCAUGAGAAGGGCGAUGUGAUGAGUGGGAGAUGGAGAUCCAGUUCUCCCAGUUUGUUUCUGAACUGUCUUCCACUAUUGGACCAUGUCCUGCAGAAACCCCGGGAUGUGGCAUUGUAUGGGCCGCCUGGCAGAGCCUGUGGGGCUCAGGCUCAGAGAGUGCUUCCCCCUGACACAGUGUGAUGGGGUUGAUGGCUGGGAUUCUCCAUCAGUGUGAUGAAUGGUGCCAGGUCUUUACCCCCUACCAGCAACCAGAAACAUGGGGCUUCUCUGCUGGGGUGGAUUUGCAGUGCCCCUGCCCUGGAAACAUCAUCUUUGUCCUUUUAGCCUUGGCUUCUGCCUGUGCCUUUUACUGUCUGCACACCGCGUACCCCAGCACACCCCUCGUUGGCUUGUAGAGCAUGGCUUUAAGCUGGAGCUGCAUGAGAGCUUGGGCAGGCCUGCUGCCUUCAUCAGGCGAUGCAGGAAGGACCUGAGCAUCCUGCUUCAAGGAGAAGGGCUCUUCCAUGUGCCUGGAUAAGCCAUGGGUGCUCAGUGCUGUGACGGCUUUGCUCUCACCAUGAUGCUGUUGUUACCCUGCUUGUGUGGGUCACAGCCUGGCUCUUCCCUUACUGGUUUGGUGGCAGUGGGGACACCAUCUCCUGAUGGCAAUGGGAAGCCAAGAGAGAGGGAAGACCUGGCUGUGACUCUCCCUAGAUGCGAGAUGUGAGCUGGCUGUGGUUAGGAAGGUGGUUGUGUGCAUGACAGGUUCAGCUUUGUGCCUCUGAAGCAGCACCUUCAGUGGAAACUGUACUCCAUACUGAGGCCCCUGAGCAUCCUCCCUUCGCCUGCAGAUCCUCAGGGCUUUCCUGGAUGGACAUGAAGAGCACAACAACAUGCACAGUUCCAGGAGAUGGCACCUGCUGAGGACUUGGGGGAAUCCCAGCAAACUGGGACCAGGUUGCCCUAUGUGAGCAUCCCAUCUGCCUGCCCUGGAGCAGCUGUGCUUGGCUUGCCAUUGCCUACAAGCAGCUUAUGGCUCCCUGUGUAGCUCCACUGCUACUAAGCCACCAUGUCCCCCAAGGCUGGCUGUCCCCUGCUUCCCUUCUAGCCCUGCAUGGCAUGAAGCAGCUGAGGGUCCCUGGGGGAGACAGGGUAAGUCCUCCAGUGCUGUUAAAUCAUUCUCAUCAAAAAAUAGCUGGCUUAAUAAAUGAUAGCAUUUCUCCCAG